AUGUCGUCCCAAGAUCGGUUCUCUCCACCAAGCAAUUGCCAAGACAAGUCAGAUAACUCGAAUAUGAAACGUCCACAUUCACGUACAAACUCCAUAGUUUCUUCGGUCUCCCCAAGAACUUCACGUCUUUUCCCUGACCAAGAAAAUCCAAUUGAAGGUCUGGAGAAGGAACAAGAAGGUAUUGUAUUGAAACUACUGCAUGAAAUAAGUGCAUUAAAGGAGGAAAACAAAAUGUUGAAAUCAAAGAUGAGGUCUUCAACGUCAUUGCUCUCUACAAACGGUUCAUGUGAUAGUACCAGUAGCGUGUCUCCUGUUUUCCCAACAGAUUACACAUUCAAUUGGUCCGGUGGUAGAGAUUCGGCAUCCAGCCUAUCGUCAAACUCCUCACAGCUAUCUUAUCCUCCACAGUCGUCUUUCAUGAACCAAAGAAGGGCAACCGUCACUACAAUGACCAGUUUAAAAAGGGUGCCCAACUCAUUGUCGUCACAACCUUCGGUUUUCCCGCAGAUGGGAAACAGAUCAAGAUCGGGGUCCUUGUCCAUAAAGUCUCCUGUUUUCCCAUUCUUCGAUGCCGACACUACAGCCGUCACUGCGAAAAGAAAAUCCCUUAGUUAUCCGGUAACUGACCAAGAUCCACACAUCCAAGGUAGAUUGGAUAACCACUUGACCAAAGGUCAUAAACGAACCAUAUCGGACAAAAUAAAGUAUUCCGAAGAAACGUUAGUCAAUAACGAAGCUCCUCCAAGCUCUGGAUUACUAAUACAACAACGUAGAUAA